AGCAUAAUUCUCCUCUCACCCACCAACCAGGUCCUGCUCCUUCACCGGGUGCAGACCUCCACCUCCUUCGCGUCGGCGCAUGUCUUUCCCGGGGGCAACGUCUCUUCCUUCCACGACGGCCCGCUCCCGCCGCUGGAUGACCCAGCGAUCCACGAGGACGGCCCGGCGUAUCGACUGGCAGCCAUUCGUGAGACCUUUGAGGAGAGCGGUAUCCUGCUCGCCAAGAAGCAGGGCCGAGGCCGGGAUCAGUGCCUCCUCCACCUGCCGGCCCAUGUUCUAGAAGAAGGGAGGAAGCAGAUCCACGGAAACACCGUCAGGUUCACCGAGUGGUUGGCAAGCCAGGGUGGUGAGCCAGACGUGGAAAACCUCGUCCCCUUUACCCGCUGGAUCACCCCCCCGGGGCCUCCGAAGCGCUUCACCACGCAGAUGUACCUCUACAUGCUUCCGCUCGACCUCCCCCCACCCCCACCCAGCAGCGGCGCCGGCGGUGAAACAACAGCCACCAGCCACGACCUCCUGCUUCGGCAGCACAGGCCCGCCCUGAUCCCAACGCCGACCCACGACGGCGGCGUCGAGCACACGGCGGCCGCCUUUGACGACGCGGGCGCCUGGCUGGCGCGGGCCCGGGCCGGCGACAUCAUCCUCUUCCCGCCCCAGUCCUACCUGCUCCACCUCGUCUCCCAGUUCUGCUCGCCCGGAUCUAACGACAAUAACCAGAACGACUACGGCGCCCAGCGCGCCGCCCUGCUCGCCUUCCUGCGGCGCACCCCGACCUCGGCGGUGGCCGACCGGGCGGGGACGCGCAUGAUCCCGUGGUCGGAGAAAGCCAUCAGCCCGGCGGUCCUGUUCGUGCGCCGGCGGGACGGCCGGGCGGUGCUGGGGCUGGACAAGCCCGGGCCGGAGCUCCGGGGGAGCAGGCGGGGCGGCGACUGGGAGAGGGUGGUGCUGGUCGACUUCCGGAAGGAAGGGCCCCGGAACGUGGAGGUCCGCGACAGGGAGGAGGUGCUGAAGGAGGAGAGGGAGGAGGGGGACGCGGACGGGGAGGUGGCGAAGUUAUGA